AUGGCUGGAAAACCCCAUCGCCUACGUCAGGCACCGGCCACGCUACACGUACGAUCCGCUGAGACUCCUCCAGCACUAAGCACUGACCGAUCCCAGCGAGUGGGACUUUGGAAUCCAGCUCAUGGACUACGCUUUGCGACAACAGCGACGGCUGAAGCGCCCAAGUCAGACUCUAUCCCUGAAGCCGCCGAGACUACAUGUACACGUAUAGACGAAUCAGCUGCGACGACUCGCACAGACGACCCCUCUCCGCACACUAAAAACGAAGCAAGAGAUACUACGGGGCAAAACGGGGGAGUUACUGUAGAAGAUGCCUCAGAGAGUGAAGACUCUAACGGUGUCUCAUCCCAGUCAGAGACUGAGUCCAAGGACGAGGAGGAAGACGACGACGAAAAAGAAUACGUCUCUCUUGCAUAUCAGAUUCCAGAGGAGAAGUUGCGUGCUGCAAUGCUUGCCACUCCCAACACACGUGACAGUUAUUGGAGUGCGAGACUCUACCAAGGACCUGAUGGCGAAUCGCUCUCGACCCAUUAUUGCAAAUCCUUUGACGUUGCUGAAAGGGUAGCCAAAUACUUCUUACAAGAGAAAGUAGUGGGCUUCGAUAUUGAGUGGAAGCCUCGUGGAAAUCCGUAUUCGAUCAAGCAGAAUACUUCAUUGAUUCAGCUAGCGUGCGAAGAUCGAGUUGCUCUCUUUCACCUGUCGCUUUUCUCUGGAACUAAAGUGGAGCAGCUUAUGCCACCUAGUCUCAAGGCUGUUCUCGAAUCGCCGGAUAUCUACAAAGUAGGUGUGGCUGUCAAGGGUGACUUCAAGCGUCUGGAGAAGUACCUCAAUAUCCAAGCUCAAGGUGUCUUCGAGCUGAGUCGCUUGCAUAAUCUAGUCGAGUGGUACGAGGUCGACCCUAGCAAAGUCUCACAUAGACUUGUCAAUCUCGCGUCUCAGGUGCUGCAGCACCUCCAAUUGCCCUUGUACAAGGGCGAGCGACUAGUCGAUGAUCUCGAGACAACCUCCAGCGUUCGAGAAAGUGACUGGAGUCUUCCUCUGAAUGUGCAGCAGAUACACUACGCAGCCGCCGAUGCAUAUGCUGGAUUCCGUCUCUAUCAUAUGCUUGAAUGGAAAAGGACGCGAAUGAAGCCGACUCCUCCCCCAGUGGCUCUUUGCGAUUUCGACAAUAAGCUUACACCCAGGUCCAAGGAACCCCGUAAGAGGAUGAAAAGUUCCAAAGAGGUCGCAGACACAGUUGUAAAGUCCUCAGUUGAUAUUGCUGAAGAGCAACAAGAAGACGAAGAAGAUGCCGAGGGUUAUGAGACAGCAACUGAAGAACUCACUGACAGCUAUCAACUCGAAGAACCAUCAUAUGCAAAGUCAACAACUGCCUCCACAGACGGAGCGAACAGGACUUGCGCAUCCGAACCCACUGCGAACAGCAUUUUAGAAAAUACUGAGGAUAUGGGAGCUGAACGGGGGGUUGCUCGACAAAAGCGAGUUGGCCGAAUGAACCUCUCCUGGCUCGAUAGCACUGAUCCCGGAUACCCUGAGCUGCCAAGGACAUCACAGGAAGAAGAUGCUGAAUCAGUGUCUACUGAAUCCUCUGAAAACUAUGUUGUGCAUCCCAAGAAGCAAGACAAUGAUGUCUCACACCAGAGGCAAAUUGAUGCCGACGAUGAAUACGCAGACCCAGCACUUGAAGAAGCACUUGGACGCAUGACCCUGGACGAUAGUGGAAGGUUGACGGAAGACGUGAACGACCCGGUAUCAGAGCAUACAACACCACAAUCAGACAUCGGCCUGCUAGACGAACCAUCACGAACACCUGAAUACAACCUGGCAACAAUAUGGGCGCAAGAGCAUCUUCGACUGACCAUCCCAUCGCCUACCUCGACGGCACCCUCGCGUAUACGUGCAACCGUGACGCACCUUCGCGCUUAUCAUAUGUGGUAUCAUCAGAAACUCCCGGUUGACAAGAUGGCACAAAUUUUGCGAGAUCCGCCGCUCUCAUGUAAUACAGUUGCAAACUAUAUCUUGCAGGCAGUCACAUUGGAGAGACUCGAAUACAACCAGGAGUCUCUCAGAAAUGUGUUACUAGCAAUGCCUUCAGGGAUGCGAAAGGGACGAUGGAGGGCGUUGGCAGAGGAAGUGGAUGCGUUGAAAUGA